ACUCCGACUCGACCCGACCCGACUCGACCCGUUCCGACGUAACACGACUCGAGACGACUCGACUCGACUCCCCACGACUCGACCCGAUUGAGCACACACGCCUGCGGCUCACCUAGUCAUUUCGUAGGCGCAGUCGGUGACGGACGUGUUCGAGGCUCGCUCGCCCGUGUUCAGUAUACUAUACAACCGACCAGUCCAAGACUGGCUGUAACGGACAUAAAAUGAAGGACAUCCGAUCACAGUUCGAGAAGAAUGGCUUCGUCGUUUUGGAGGACUUCUUUCAACCGGAGGAGAUCGACGAGUUGAAAUUUUGCGGCGAAGAGUUCACGAAGAACCUACCUCCGGAAAAUGAAAGAAAAAUUUUCAAUUCAGUAGAUUCGCAGCAAAGUAAAGAUCAGUAUUUUCUGGAUAGCGCUAAUAAAAUCAAUUUGUUCUUCGAGGCUGAAGCUUUAGAGAACGAUGGAACGCUAAAGGUGCACCCUCGAGUAUCUCUGAACAAGGUAGGUCAUGCUCUUCACUGGCUUCAUCCUACGUUCAAGAAGUACACGUUCGACGAAAGGGUAAAAGAAGCAGCUUUCCAACUAGAUUACGCGGAACCAGCUGUGUGUCAGUCAAUGUACAUUUACAAAAAUCCGGGUACUGGGUCUGAAGUGGUGAUGCAUCAAGAUGCAACGUAUCUAUACACAGAUCCAGUGAAACUAGUUGGUUUCUGGAUCGCCUUAGAGGAUGCUACCCAAGAAAAUGGAUGUCUAUGGAUCGCUCCAGGCUCUCAUCAAAGUGGAGUACACCGACGUUAUACAAGAAACAAAGAUCCAGAUUCCAAAGAGUUGUUGUCAUACGACAGACCUGCACCCUGUUAUCAGCUUAGCAAUUUUCAACCUGUACCAGUCAGUAAAGGAACGUGUAUUCUCAUUCAUGGACAAGUAGUACAUUUCUCGUAUCCUAAUAAAAGUGACAAGUCGAGACACGCUUAUACGUUUCAUGUGAUUGACACGCAGCAUGUCUCUUAUUCAAAGGAGAAUUGGUUACAACCACCUUCAGGAGGAUUUCCUAAACUUUACAGAAAUUAAAUUAACCGAAUGAAACGCUUGAAGUGUAUAUUUGAAAGGAAAAAAAAAA